AUGGGUUAUAAAAGAGUGUUGUGGAUUGCUUCCUUGCUCGUCGGAGCUGUGACUGCGCAGACCGCGCAGACCGCGACAGUCACAAACCCAGGCGAUGUCGCAUAUCACAGAACGUACAUGUACGUGGGAGGCGGUUAUGUUGUUAAUAGCGCGGGACAGCAUGUCUUCAGCAACCAGAUGUACGUGGAGAGGCUGACUCCUACUCGCGGAGCUUCCAAAACCAAUCCUAUUGUUUUUGUUCAUGGGCAAGCCCAGACUGGAACGAACUGGCUGAACAAGCCUGAUGGAAAAGCCGGAUGGGCGUCAUACUUCCUCUCUCAGGGUUAUGAAUGCUAUCUCAUCGACCAGACCUUCCGCGGUCGUAGUCCGUGGCUUCCUAACAACGGCACCCUGAGCACAUACAGCGCUGAACUUUUGCAACAACGCUUCACUGCGCCUCAAAACUACAACCUAUGGCCACAAGCUUCCCUUCACACCCAAUGGCCCGGAACCGGAGUCAUGGGUGACAUCAUCUUCGACACUUACUAUUCCUCCACUGUGGAAUUUCUCAGCUCCGCCACUUACCAGCAGUCCACUGUCCAGGCCGCUGGUGCAGCUCUGCUCGAUCUCAUCGGCAAACCUGCGAUCGUGCUAGCUCACUCUCAAGGGGGUCUGAUGCCCUGGUUGUUGGCUGACGCUCGUCCGAACCUCGUUCAUUCCAUUGUGGCUAUCGAGCCUACGGGCCCUCCGUUCCAGGAAGCCGUCUUCAGUAACACCUCUGCUCGUGCUUAUGGAUUAACUGAUAUCCCCAUCACUUACUCGCCUGCAGUAAUCAACCCCGCCACUGAUUUAGUAACGCAGACUAUCGUCUCUCAGACAGCAAAUGUGUCCAACUGUGUGAUCCAAGCUGAUAGUCCUGCUCCGCGACAAUUGACCAAUAUCGCCCAGGUUCCUGUCCUUGUGGUAACCUCGGAGUCUUCCUAUCAUGCGCCGUACGACUGGUGCACGGUCGAGUUCUUGCAGCAGGCUGGUGUUCACACUGAUCAUUACCAGUUGGGUCUAAUGGGUAUUCACGGGAACGGACAUAUGAUGUUUAUGGAGAAGAAUAGUGAUAGCGUGGCUCGGGUGAUCCAGGGUUGGAUUGAGCAGCAUUAA